CCAUUUCGGAGAAGUUCUAUUCUUUGUGUUUAGUGAAAUUGUUUCGCGUUUUUCUCAUGCUGGAGACGUUCAGUCAAAGCAGAUAAAUACCCGAUCUGGCGCCUGGUGGGAGCGACUUGUGCGGUGACCCGCUUCAUUGGAACCCGCGGUCCGCAUGGAGAGGUCCAUCCACGAGCACCGCGGGAAGCUCAGAAAGAUUCAUUUCAGUUUGUUUGUGCCUUUUUUCAAAUGAAUUUUUUUAAAACUCAUGGUGAGCGAGUUUCAUGAUGAAAUGCGGUGUCUAUAAAGUAACGGCAUACUGGAAAUGAAGCGGAAAUCGAACGGUGGAAGCACCCAGUCUGUCCUUAGGAUCUUCAGCCCGUCCUGAGCAUAUUUGCCAGCAUCCACAAGUUUAAAGUGCGGCUGCGGUUCGCGGCUUCCCCGAUUUUUUUCGGAUCUUCUUCGGGUGACAUUUGGGAUUAGAACCGUUUUAGCUCCAUAACCCCUGAUUGUGGGGCUCGCCUGCAAAGCAGCCCGAAAUGCCGCAGUUAGCGGGUGGAGGCGCCGGGGACCCUGAGCUCUGUGCUAACGAUGAGAUGAUCCCCUUCAAAGACGAGGGCGACCCGCAGAAAGUGCAGAUCUUCUCGGAGAGCGAUAACCCGGAGGAAGAAGGCGAUCUGGCCGACAUUAAGUCAUCGUUAGUAAACGAGUCGGAGACAAACCCCGACAGCCACGACGCAGCUAGAACCCAAGACCCUUUCCAUGAGGACCCCAGAGCGCGUGGUGAUGAAGGAAAGUAUUGUGAUGUGUACAAGGGACACUCGUACCCGGGCUACCCUGGCCUCUCCAUGAUGGACUCCUACCUGAACAGCGGCUCCCUUUCCUCGCCCAUGCAGAGUCCUCUGAACCGGGUCCCGAUGUUGCAGCCAUCACAUGCGGUGCACCCGCUCACCCCCCUCAUCACAUACAGCGAUGAGCACUUUGCUCCUGGCCCCCACACAGGGCAGCACCCACCUGACGUCGAUUCAAAGUCAGACAUGCCAAGGCAUCACUUGGUACCCGACCUUCCCGGCUUCUACCCACUCUCUCCAGGAGGAGUGACUCAGAUGGCCCCCCCGCUGGGAUGGUUCUCCCCGCACAUGUUGUCGGCCCCCCCACACCUCCCCGCCCCCCCGGCAACCUCCAUUCCCCACCCGGCCAUCGUGCAUCCACAGAUCAAGCACGAGUCGCAGCAGGAUGGCGGCCUCCUGCACAUGAAGCUGCAUCAUGAGCAGAGGAAGGAACAGGAAGCCAAGAAGCCGCACAUCAAGAAGCCACUGAACGCCUUCAUGCUCUACAUGAAGGAGAUGCGGGCCAACGUGGUAGCCGAGUGUACGCUGAAGGAGAGCGCUGCCAUCAACCAGAUCCUCGGCCGGCGGUGGCAUGCUUUAUCCCGCGAGGAGCAAGCUAAGUACUACGAGCUGGCGCGCAAGGAGCGACAGCUUCACAUGCAGCUCUACCCUGGCUGGUCUGCUAGGGACAAUUACGGGAAGAAGAAGAAGCGGAAGAGGGAGAAGAUCCAGGAGGUCUCAGCAGGGGAGAAACACGCCGACUCUCUGUCUGCAUUCAAAGCGAGAGCCCCGGCUGUGGGCCCCGUUGUGAAGAUUGAGGCCUGUUAAAUCAAGGGCCAUCCCACACUGAACUCUGCUGGGGGCCUCAGAACAUAACGAGGUCCGUCAGUUGUGGCUCCUCAGCCGUGGCCCUUCACUGAGACCCCCACACCAGAGACACUGAACCAGAGUCACAGCCGCCUGCCACCGUUCUGCGUGGCGCCCCCUCAGUCUGCUGGUGCCACUGACCCCACAAAUGCUGGACUGUGUGUAUUACUCUUUUUGUUGAGGUUGCCUUGUACCCCCGCCCAGAACUUUGCCCAACAGCCCCCCCUCACCCCCCCAUUCGAAUGCAUAUUCUGUGUGGGGGGGGGGGGGGUGUCCCUUGCAGCCCCCAGGGCCUGCCGGGCUGGUCUCGUCAGGGAAAGCACACAAUGGUGCCAAGAAGCUACUUUAUUAUUCAGAUAUAUUUUGAAUUUUAUAUGUUUGAUUUUCGGAUGUAUAUUUUAUGGUUGUUCCUUUUAUUUUUCUAUAUGAGCACAGGGGUUCGAGGCCCCUUUUGAUAACUGUGUAACAGACAGUCACCUCUCAGUAUCUGUCAGCUAUGAAGUGACGCCCACGACCUUCAGGAUGUGAUGAUCUUUUUAUACUUUUACAAGCAAGAUUUGGACAAACCUGUUAGACCUGGUGCUGAAGAUGCCUCUGCUCGCUUGUUCUAAAUGGACAAAUGUAUUAAUUCGUAAAUAUAUUCAUGCCAUCAGCCAGCCUUUGUUCACUGCUUCAUAUUCAUUGCAGCCUAUAGUCUGGACUUAUGCCAUUUUGAUUCCACACAGGAGUUAAAUUAAGGAGUAAAAUUUUAAAGAAGGUUAAAAUAUUCUUUCA